AUGGCUCUUAGGAAAGAGACGUUCGCAGAAGGGAAAUCCCGGGCUGGCCAUCGACCCCUAUGUGAGGAGGCGGGUCCUGAAUGUCAGAUGCAUGCAGAUGGCAGCUGGCGCACAGGACGCCCCCAACAGGCUGGCUGGUCCGAUGUGCGUGUUUGCAGAGCAGCUCAGAGGGCGCUGCAGGCGGAGAAGCGUAUCACGGAAGCACCGCCGGCUGACUUCCUCUUGGGGCGGGACCACUGGCCACUGAUGCCCAAUUGA